GCCUCCCUCUUGGCCCGGGGAGACGGACCACCAUCCUUGUCAGUCCCAUUUUUACUUGGAGGUUUCCUGGAAAAGAGGGAAAACGAACAAGUGCAGAGCUGCGGUGAGCUAGCUAACCCAGUCUUGUUACGUUACACAGCAGUGACCACCUCUCGGGACUUUGUGUAUGACUUGGCAUCACCUGGCCACAUAGAGGAGGCGCAGACAGGCGGUGUUUUGUGACAUAAUGGGUGGAAAGAAGAAGAAAUCGACGGCGCAAGCGGCCGCUCCGUUGGCCCCGGCGGCGGCUGGAGCAGCGGCAGCAGCAGCGGGCAGGACUGGUGCUGCUGCAGCGGGGAACGGCGUGCUGGUGGAGGAGGCGAAGAAACAACCAGGCAGCAGCAAACAGGCUAAACCAGGCAAAGAGAGCAAAUCAAAAGCUCCGAAGACCUACAGUCUUGCCAACGCGGCCCAGGUUGACACUGGUGGAGUCUCGGACAAGUCGAUUCUUAAAGUUACCAUCCAGGCUGACCUGGAGAAGAAGAUCAUCAAGCUGAUCAACGACUUCAGAGAGGAGAAUGGAGACAAAGGGCCCAUAUCUGGCAGACUUACGACCAAGAAGUUGCUGGACCUGUACACAGCUCUGGAGAAGUUUAAGUUUAAGAGAGAGCACAUUGAGGAUGCGAUGAAGAGCAGCGUGCUGUAUGGAGGGGAUCUCCACUCGGCUCUCGACUGGCUCUGCCUCAACCUUAAAGAUGAUGAGCUGCCAGAAGGUUUUAGCCAGCAGAUGCAGGAGGAAAACCAGAGGAGCAGGCCCAGGUUCCAGCCUCCUGCUCAGCAGAAACCCGCUCCAGCAAGCCCCGAAGCGCCCGCCAACACCCACAGAGAGACCGCCAAGGCAACAGAAAAGGAUGAAGCUGCUACCAUGAAGGAUUGGAUCUUAAGGUAUGCAGAGCAGAGCAGUGAAGAUGAUGAUGAGGAGGAGGAGAAAGAGGAAGGAGGGAAGAAAACACACAAUCCUGAACUGGAUGAAAAGUUUGAUCCAAACGACAGGUAUUUGAUCCUCACCGCUCAGCUGUAUGACGCAAAAGAUAUGGCAGCCACUGCCAAGACAAAAGGAGACAAGCCGGGCCAGAGGAUGGCACAGGACAGGAUACGCGUCAUACAGCAAGAAAUGAAGCAAAUGGAGUCCCACCCGGUCUUCAACCCAGCUUUAAAAGUGGUCGACACGCCUCAAAAGGAAAAGAAAGUGCUUCCUGUCAAGGACGACAAAGAAGAAUUCAGCUUCAAGUUAUUCGAACAAGCAGAAAAGCAGCCGCCUGCAGAGAAAGUUGUGAAAAAGAAUGAGCCAAAGGACAUUCGCAAUUUCGACUACACUGCUCGCAGCUGGACGGGAAAGUCCCCCAAACAGUUCCUCAUCGACUGGGUCCGGAAGAACCUGCCCAAGAGUCCAGCACCGGCUUUUCACAAGGUCGCAGCUGGUCGAUACUGGAGAUGCAAGGUGCGUGUUCAGAGGCCAGACGACGUUCUUGAAGUUUGUCCGACGAUCCUGACUGAGGACAGCAUGCAGGCCCAACAUCUGGCAGCCACGCUGGCCCUCUACACCCUGGUUAAAGGACAGUCAGUGCACCAGCUCCUUCCUCCGACCUACAGAGACGUGUGGCUGGAGUGGAGAGACAGCGAGCAGCAGAAACAGGAGGAGAGCCGCACUGCUGCCAACAAACCUCGAGACCAGUUCAUCUCGCGGCUUCUGACCAGACUCAAACAGCAGCAGAACCAGAACCAUGAGCAGGAAUCUACAUCUCAAGGCCAAGUGGGGCGGGGCGGGGAUACGGAUGAAGAGCCCGAAGAGUCCUGGGAGAACCUCGCUGGACUUGAUAUUGGGGAGGGAGGAGACAAUCUGGAGGACAAGAGUGAGAAAAGAGGCCCAAGGAAGGAAGGGGCAGCAGCACUUGAGGCAUCCAGAGAGCUCUUAAAGAAGCUGAAGAACUCCUCUAUUGCCCACAAACUAAAGGCAGAGCGAGAGCAGCUUCCUGUGUUCCAACACCGGCAUCGUGUCCUGGAGGCUCUACAGCGGCACCGCGUGGUGGUGGUGGCCGGUGAGACGGGAAGCGGAAAGAGUACUCAGAUUCCUCAGUUCCUCCUGGAGGAGCUGUUAACAGGAGGUAAGGAGGCUCAGCCCUGCAACAUCGUGGUGACGCAGCCCCGCAGGAUAUCCGCCAUGAGCCUGGCCUGCAGGGUCAGCCAGGAGCUCGGCUGCGAGGAUGGACCGGGGUCGAAGUCGUCGCUGUGUGGGUACCAGAUCCGGAUGGAGAAUCAGUCUGGGGAGUGGACCCGCCUGCUCUACUGUACGACCGGAGUUCUGCUUCGGAAACUACAGCACGACAAACACCUCAGCUCCCUGACGCACAUCAUCGUAGACGAGGUCCAUGAGCGCAGCGUCCAGUCGGACUUCCUGUUAACCAUCCUGAAAGAUGUUGUUAUGAGGCGAUCGGACCUGCAGCUGAUCCUCAUGAGCGCCACAGUGGACUGUCAGAAGUUCUCCAGCUACUUCAACCGCUGCCCUGUGAUCAGCAUACCUGGCAGGACUUUCCCAGUGGAGGUGUCCCACUUGGAAGACAUUGUGGAAGAGAUCGGCUACGUCCUGGAGAAGGACUCGGAGUACUGCCAGCGAAUUCUUGAAGACGAAGAGGAAGUGAGCAUCUCUGUCACUCAAAAAGGUGGCAAGACUAUGCAACACCAGGAGAUGAUAUUGAGGGACCCCUCUUCCGGCUGGGACCUGGGUCCAGAUCUGGACCACUUCAGCAGCAGGACUCGGCACGUGCUGCAGUACAUGAACCCUAAUAAGAUCAACAUGGACUUACUGGUUGAGCUCAUCGCCUACCUAGAUAAAUCCCCACAGUUCGUGGAAUUGGAUGGAGCCAUCCUCGUGUUCCUCCCAGGCCUGGCUCACAUCCAGCAGCUGUACGACCUGCUCUCCUCAGACAAGAGGUUCAAAGACAAAAACAGGUUCAGGAUUGUCGCUCUGCACUCGACUCUUUCGUCAAAGGACCAGGGUGCUGCUUUCACAGUGCCACCUGCUGGAGUUAGAAAGAUUGUCUUGUCCACUAACAUCGCUGAGACAGGUGUGACUAUCCCUGACGUCGUGUUUGUCAUCGACACUGGAAAGACCAAAGAAAAUAAGUACCAUGAGAGCAGCCAGAUGAGUUCUCUGGUGGAAACUUUUGUUUCCAAAGCCAGCGCCCUCCAGAGGCAGGGGAGAGCAGGACGUGUCCGAAAUGGCUUCUGCUUCAGACUCUACCCAAAGUUCAGGUUUGACUCCUUCAUGGAUUACUCCAUUCCAGAGAUACUUCGAGUCCCACUGGAGGAGCUUUGCCUUCAUAUCAUGAAAUGCCAGUACGGCUCCCCGGAGGACUUCCUCAGCCGGGCGCUGGAUCCUCCGCAGCCCCAGUCUGUCAGUAACGCCGUCAACCUGCUGAGGAAGAUCGGUGCGUGUCACCCCAACAAUCACCUCCUCACCCCUCUGGGACUCCACCUGGCCAGUUUGCCCGUCAAUGUGAAGAUUGGCAAGAUGCUCAUCUAUGGAGCUAUCCUCGGCUGCCUGGACCCCAUCGCGACCAUCGCAGCAGCCAUCACGGAGAAGUCUCCCUUCUCCACACCGAUGAACAGGAAGGAGGAAGCCAAUCUGGCCAAAUCAGCCCUGGCACUGGCCAACUCGGAUCACCUGACGAUAUACAAUGCAUAUAUAGGGUGGAAGAACUCACGGACUGAGGGGCAGAGAGCAGAAAUGUCCUACUGUAGGCAACACUUCCUCAAUCGCACGGCUCUCCUGACAAUAGAGGAUGUGAAGCACGAGCUGAUGAGGAUGAUGGAGCAGGCAGGUUUCUGGUCGCCGCGCUCCAAGCAUCAGGCGGCCACGCUGUCCAAGCAGCAGAUCUCGAUCCUGAACGCGGUGCUGACCGCGGGGCUCUACGACAGCGUGGCCCGGGUCUUGUGCACCCCCUCUGUGGACGUGCUGGAGCGAGUGGCCUGCACGGUGGAGACGCCCCAAGGCAAGGCUCAGGUCCACCCCUCGUCUGUUAACCGCAACCUGCAGACACACGGCUGGCUGCUGUACCAGGAGAAGGUGAAGUACAGUAAGAUCUACCUACGAGACACGACUCUGAUAUCUCCCUUCCCCAUGAUGCUUUUCGGAGGUGAGAUUGAUAUUCAGCACAGGGAGAGGCUCAUCACUCUGGACGGAUGGAUCCACUUCCAGGCGCCUGUUCGGAUUGGUGUGAUCUUCAAGCACCUCAGGAAGCUAAUGGACUCUCUGCUCGAAAAGAAGCUGGAGAACCCAAGGAUGAGUCUGGAAGGUGAGAGGACCAUCCAGUUGAUUCUGGAUCUGAUCAAAUCAGAGCACGGCCACUGAAGAACCUGCAUCCCAGUACAUUUUCUUCCCCACAGAGACUGGACAUGGACAUGAAAACUCUUACUCACAUUGAGGCUGACUGUAUCAUAUGAAAUGCAAAGACAGUGCUGAAAUUCGAGACGACAAAUCAUUAGAGAAAAGAUAGAAAAUUAUGUUGCCAAAUGUGGCGGAAAUAAAGCUGUACACAUUUU